AGGUAAUAAUAAGUUUGCUAUUUGAUAUGCGAAUAAAAGAUAAUGCUACAGUCUUUAGCUGUGUGGUUAUUAAAAACAUAUGUUGGUGAAUAUAUUGAAAACCUUAAUCCAGAUCAAUUAACAAUUGGAUAUGGUGGUUUAGAGCUAGAGAACUUAUUUUUAAAAAAAGAUCUUUUCAAGGUUUUACAACUUCCAUUUUCAUUAUUACAAGGAAAAAUCGGAAAAUUAAAACUUGUGAUUCCUUAUUCUAAUCCUAACACACAACCAUGGAUCAUAAAGAUUGAACAACUUUUGUUAGUUGUUGAACUAAAUGGAGAGGUAAAUAACAAUGUAUCAUCUAUUGAAGAUGAAAUUUUUAAGAGGAAAAAACUGGAUCAACUUGAUGCUCAACUAAAGGAAAAUUUAAAGAGUCAUAAUACAGAAAGUUGGUGGUCAUCAUCUUGGUUUCCAUCUCUUUACUCGUCCAUAUCAACAAAAAUUGUUGAAAAUUUGCAGCUUGAAAUUACAGAUGUGCAUAUUCAAUACAGAGACUGUAUUAAUAAUGAGAAAUUUAUGUUUGGUCUCACAAUAAGUAGUCUUACUGCUCAAUCAACAAAUAAUGAAUGGAUGAAAUUGCAAAGUGAGGCAAGUUCUAUUAUAAAAUACAAGUUAGUUGCGCUUACUGACCUUGCUAUCUAUUUUAAUGACAGUCACUCUGAUGUAACUAAGUGUCCAAACUACAUAUUAUCACCUGUGUCAGCAGAGGCUAGAAUUAAGCGAAACUCAUCCAAAGUUCAUUUGUCAUCAAAAGAUGGUCCCCGAUUUAAUAUUAAGUUUAUGUUGGAGGAUCUUGUUUUUACUCUUUUAGAGAAACAAUAUCGUCUAUGCUUUGAUGUUAUUGAAGAAAUAAGUAGAUAUUUUUGUGCUUACAGCAGAGCAGCAGAAAGACCAAAGUGUCAAAUCAAAGAAAAUGGAUUAGCUUGGUGGUGUUAUGCUAUUAAUUCAUCUCUGGUUCCAAUUAAAGAAAAAUAUAAAAGAAGAACAAAAGUCUUUAUAACAAAUAGAAUUAAAGAUAUAAAUGCUUACUCCAAACUCUAUGCACAGAACUUGAUGAAUAAUCCUUUAACAUCAAAAGAAAAGGAUGAGCUUGAAAUUAUUGAAAAGCGAAUAUCCCUUGAAGAACUAACAUUACUGCGAAAAUAUAUAUUUUUCAAAGUCGAAAAAAAUGUCCAAGCUAAAAAGAGUUCAACUAAAUUAGUUGUAAAUAAGAAUGAAACCUCUUCUUGGAGCACUUGGGCAAUGAGCUUCAAUCCUUAUUGGGCUAGUUCUCAGGAAAAAGUUGAUACUCCUGAUCUUGCACCUAUUACACAGGAAGAAAAAUUAUUUCUUGAAGAGCUGCAAGAAACUUACAACGAAGAAGAAUCAUUGUUAAAAAGAGAUUCGUUUUUUGCUCAGAUAGAUUUUACACUUAGUAGUGGUUCAAUUAUACUGAAAAAUGAUUCAAGUGGAAUAAACAAUAAAGAGAUAUUGAAUGUCAAAUUUGAUCAACUCACAUUUUCAUCUGAACUUCGUCCAAAGCAGCAUUCAUGGGAUUGGUCGGCAGCUUUAAGGUCGUUUCAAGUAAAUAAUACUAAUGAAAGUGUAUUUCCAGCACUUAUAUGGCCUAAAAUUUCAAAAAAAGUGAAUUAUUCAGAUGAUCUUCAGUCAUCAUGUUUUUUGGUCAUUAAAUUUGGACAAAAGAAGAUGCAUCUCUCCUCAUCAUACAGACUGUCAGUUGUUGCCCAACCUCUUAAUAUUGUAUAUUCAGCAGAUAUAAUUUCUGAAUUAAAAGAAUUUUUUGUUGUACAUGAAAAAUCCAAGUAUAAACUAAGUACCACAAAUAUGACAUCUCGUCUUCGCAAUGCAGUUAGUUCUCGAAUAGAAGAAAUUAAAUCUGCUACUAAGUCAGAAUUCGUUAAUGUUGUAGGAGAUUUUACGAAAGGAUAUACUCAAGUUGGAAAUAUAUGGGAUAUCGAUCUUGACAUUGCAGCCCCUCAGAUUAUAUUACCUCUUCAAAAUAGCGGAAGAUUGUUACAUGAUGCUGAUCUUCAAAACCAAAUGGUUUUGGUUAAUCUUGGUAAAAUUACAUUUUGCAAUGAACACGCACACAAAGAAAAGAAAUCACAUAUAGAAGAUGCAGAUGACGAUGAUGAGUUCAUGACCCCAACAUCUUCUCCUCCUAGUGAAGUUGAGAGUGAACCUAAUAAUGAUUUGGUUGCAAACCUUACUACAGAUGAAAUAACAAGUAAAUUUUAUAACAGCUAUACAUUGGAUUUGACAAUGGUACAGAUUCUUGUUUGUGAUAUAAAAAACAACUGGAGUAUUUCUCAAUCAAGUGGAUUCACUUCUGAUCAUGUUCUUGAAGAAUUCUCUGUAUGCUUUUCAUUCAAAAGGCGUAUUAUAUUUUCUGCCGAUCCUGCACUACCAGCACUAAUACUCACUGGUGUCUUGCCACAGUUGCUUGUGCACAUAGAUGAGAAAAAGCUUCAAAUAUUGAGUAGAUGCGCAAACAUGUUGACCAAUAAAUCCUCAGCAAGUUUGACUCAAUCAGAAACUAGUAUUGAAGUUCCUAGCAAAUCUUUGGUUAAUUCAGACUUGCCCGAAAACCUUUUCAAUACUGAUGAUUUAAUUGUUGAUUCGAAACUGUUUGUUGGCAAUUUUACUUUUAAAAAGUUAUUACUUGGUUUACAUAGUAGAGGUAGAUGUGUUGCUGAACUGCAGGUUUCUGGAGUUGAAUGUAGUCUGGUGAAGCGUCCAUUUGAUCUCUCUAUAUCAUUUAUUGUAUCUUCUGUCCUCCUAAUUGAUGCUAUGCAAACAUUUGGAAAAGAAUAUGAACUUCUUGUUAGCUCUAAAGUAAUAAAUAAACCAGCAGAUAAUAAAGAUGUAUUGAUAGAAAUUUCUUAUCAUCAUAUCAACGCAAAUUGCCCAUCAUUAGGAAAUAAUGAUACCAAAGCAAAAAGUGAAGCCUGUAUUAUAGUUAAUUCAUUGCACGUAAACGGAAAUUUAGAGACAAUUGUUGAAUUAAAUAAUGUUAUUAAUCAAGUUUUCCCGAAAGAGGAGAAACCUGUUCAGAAACACAAUAUUUCUUAUGAAGAGGAAGAAAAUAAGAAUGUUGAUGUUUCAGUUCCAAAUGUUAUUUCAAACCAGUUGCAUAUAAGUGCAGAGUUCUAUGAGCUAAACAUUGUUUUGUUUCGAACCAUUAUUUUAAAUGGAAAAAAAGAGCCAUUGAAGGUUGCAAAAAUAAGUUUAAAUGAACUUGAAUUGUCUACUUUUGUAGCUGAAAAACAAGCUUCUGGCUCCAUUCGUAGCUUGAUUGUAAAUGAUCUAACAAAUACCUCUUUACCCCACAAAUGUAUCUUUAAUUUAGGAGAUUCAGAUAAAAGCUCUUUAAUUGAGUCUGAGACAAAGGCUAUUCAAUUUAACUAUCAAAUAAUGGAAUCAAAUAAAAAGUUAAAUCUACAAAUUGCAUCCGCAUACUACCUUCAUAACCAACAAUUCUUAAAUGAAAUAACUCUGUGUAGUGGUGAUUACAAACAAUAUGCUCUAAAUCUUGCACAAUCACUUCAAGAUGCAGCAUCAGAUAUGGCAAAAACAAUUGUUGUCAGGCGUAGGAAUGCUAGUUAUGCUAAAAGCACCAAUGAGUUAUUUCAAGUAGAUUUGGAAAACUCAUCGCAUGUCAAAGAAAGAAACCUUCUUUUAGAUGUUUGCAUCCAAACACCUGUUGUGAUGUUUCCAAACAAUGAUUUAGGUUUAGAACUCUUAAUUGCUUACUUAGGGAAAAUAAAUAUUAGUAACUCUUACAUUCCAGAGAAACCUGUUCAAGAAGUUGACAUUGAUUAUGCCGAAGUAAGAGAUAUUGAUAGACUCACUGUUGAAAUAAAGAAAGUAAAUUGUUCUUCUUUAUCCAUUUCUUCAGAAACUAUUGAUCAAAUUGUUUCUGGUCACUCAAAAUUAUCAGAGGUUCUUCAUUUAUGUCCUCAAAUGCAACUUUUACACAAUACUGAUUUUUUUCUGAAAGUUGACCGAUACAAUGGGGUGUCAGAUAAAGUUCAGUGUUUAGAUGUUCAAGCAAAAGUCAACUCCCCUCUUAAAUUGUUUUUGUCAGUGCCUAUAUACAAACAGAUAUUGUCUACAAUUGCAUAUUCUUCAAAGACUUCUAAAGACUCAUUAUCUCCAGUACCAUCAAAUGCCAAGAUAAAUAUUGAGUUAAACGAAAAUACAAGUUUGAAAGAAGAAGAAACUUUUGAUCCUGUUUCUGUUGAGCUAACAGCAAAGUUACAAGUACCUAGCUUACUUAUUGAACUUCAUGGUGAACUUCACGGCAGCUCACAUGAAUUUGUAAGGAUUGAUUUAGAUGCAUUUGAUUGUUUUUAUUCUAAUGUGGAUCCCAUUCCUGUUAUGAGAAUAACUCUACAAAACUGUAUGAUAGAAGACCUUCUCUACUUGAAGCAAGAUAAAUACAAAUAUCUAGUUUCUUCAAACCAAGGAAGAACUUUUCAGCAGACUUUUAGUUCAUCAUGUCCAACUGAGUCAGAAUUAUUAAAUAUGAAGUAUUUUUCCAAAUCACUUCCAAGUCUUACUCAUAGCAUUUCAUAUGAAGAUCUUUAUGAAGGUUGUGAUGAGAACAAAGAUGUUUCAUUGAACCGAGAUGGACCUCUUAUUUUUAUUGAGAUUUUAUUUGAAAAUAGUAAAACUAACGGAAAGAAUAAAACUGUCAAUGUUGACAUAUGUAGUUUGGAUAUUGUAAUUAAUUUACAAACAUGGGUCAUUCUGCUUGAUUUCUUUGGCAUUGGCGUAUCAGAGCCACCUAAACCAGAGAGUUCUGAAAGUCUCUCACAUCGCCAUGAUGAAUCAAUUGAAGAUUUAUCUGUUCAAAGUAAAAUUAAAAUAAACUUUAAUUCUUUGGUUGUUUACUUAAACAAAGAACAAUAUCCAUUGGCAAAAGCUAGCAUUUUUGGUAUGUGUCUCAAUACAACAAUGCUUGAUGGAAAUCAAGAUGUUUCUGGAAGUAUUGACAGUGUUAUGUUGCAUGACAUUUCACCUUUUUCUGCUGUUUAUAAAGAAAGGAUGGUUACUAAAGGGGCAAAAGCUAUUGAGUUUACAUUUUAUCGAUUUGGAAAACCUGAUCCAAACCUUUUAAGAGAUUGUGAUAUGGACUUGUACAUAUCUUUGUCAUCAAUACAAUAUACACAUACACAACAUUUUUUGAGUGAAGUGAUUGCUUUCUGUCAGCAUUUUGUUUUAUUGCAAGAAGUACUAGGAAGAAUAAGAGCAGUGAAGAUGGGAAGUGAGGUGUUUGCUAUGCAAAGUCGCUCUGCACGUCUUCGGUUGAAAGUUAUUACUGAGUCUCCUAUUCUAAUAUUACCUCGAAAUUCAAUGUCGCAAGAUCUGCUUGUGGCUAACUUAGGAAAUAUUCAUGUGAGCAACGAGUUUUUGUAUGCCAGCAAUCAAAGUACCAAUGCUUUCACGUUUAUUGCUACUCGCUACCGAAAUAAUGCAGCUUCUUCCGAAUUUUCACCAUUAAACACAGAUCGUCUGUUAGAUUCAAUAAAAAUAAACUUAACCAAUAUGCUGAUAUACAGUGCAAAGCAAAUAGAAGGUAGUUCUUUUAUACAACAAGGGUCAAACAUGAUGAGUGAACCAUGCACAAUGAAUCUUAAAGUUGAGAGAAAUUUAGAGUGUGCAUUUGGAAGACAAGUUCCUGAUCUUUCUAUCUCUGGUACUUUGUCAUCUGUAUCUAUAAACAUAGAUUUAUCACAGUUCGCAUUAGUUAUGGGAAUGCUUGGUGAGAACCUUGGGGAGCAAGUUGCAGCAUUUGAUGCCCCAUCAUCAGUGCUCAAAGAUCCAUUAAAACCUGCAGAAUUUUCGAGCCAGCUGUGGACUACAAUGCAUAUUAAAUUACAUUUAUCUAACGUGUCCUUAGAAUUAUGUCCAUUGUUUUCAUUUGGCAAUAUCCCAUCUCGUGAAGGAGCAUCUAAAAAGCUUGCAAAAUUUGAUUUAUUGGAUUCAACACUUCAGUUUGAAUCGUUUUCUGACAGUUCAAAAUCUGUGGAUUUGUAUUCUUCAGAUGUUCUUAUCCAUGAUCUUCGUACUGAAUAUCCUUUUGGAAUUUUGCUCCCUUCAAGUAAAGGGCGAAAAGAUUAUCUUCAAUUUGAAGUUCACUAUUUGGACACUAAUGAUAAAUCACACGUUACAUUUUUAUGUAACCAAAGUAGAAUUCUGUUAAUGUUUGACUUUUUACUGGAGACAUACAAGUUUUUGUCAAGAAAAGAAGAAGAACAGUUUAAAGAAAAUUUCACGGCAGAUAUUUCAAAAAUUUCAAAAACUGAAGCACCAUCAAUGGCAACAACAACACAACUCAUACCUACUCAGUUAGCUGUUAAAAAACAAUUUGAAUUAAAAGUCAACAUAACAGAGUCUGAGAUUGUUGUAGUUGAAGAUGUUUCUGAUCCAGAUACAAGAACAGUUAUACUAAAAACAACAGCAGUUUUUGCUUAUCGACCAAAUCAUCCCAGCGAAAAAUCUGUUUCUUGUAGUUUGCAAAGCAUAGAGGUCUUCUCAUGUCACCUGAGCAAACCGGAGGAUUCCGCUCUCUCUAUUGUAGAUCCUGUAGCAGUUCUUUUAGAGUUAAAAUCUGUGAAUCUAAAAGCUUCAAAUUCUCAAAGUAUUACAAUACCUGUGUUAGAAGUGCAAUUUCAAGCGCCAGUUUACAUAAAGGUUUCAUACUAUGACAUUCAAAUGUUCUUGCAAAUUGCAAACAGUGCAAAAAAACAAUUGUCGCUAGCAAUGGAAAUAAAUGAUGAAGAAGUAAAGCAUAGUAGACAUGAUUUUAACAAAUUAGAUGCUAAAUCUUUACAACGACUACAAGAUAUGGGAUUUUUGCGCGAGGAUUGUAUUGAAGCAAUGAUUUUUUCAAAUUAUGACUUUAAUAAAGCUGCAUUAUGGUUAACAAGUAAUGCUCAUCCUCCUAGUUAUGAAGAACCAAAAGCGCAGGCAAUAUCUGGUUAUGAGAUAAAAGCAAGUUUGAUCUCUGUUAUUUUGAUUGAUGACUGUGGAAAUAAUGAUGUGCCAUUGCUUGAUUUAUGCUUAAAUGAAUUAUUUUUACACUAUGAUCUUUAUCUUCAAAAGCAAGGUUCUAUGAAAUGUAAUAUUGAUGCAAAUUACUACAAUACAAGAGUUUCAGCAUGGGAGCCAUUUAUUGAAAGUUGGAAGUUUAAUGUUCAUUGGUCAAACUGUUUAGAAGUAAAUCAUCCUGAUAAACUUUCUGUAAAAAUUGAUGCUCCAGAACGUCUUGAUAUGAAUUUGACAUGUGGAUUUAUGGAAAUAGUAAAAAAAACAAGUGCUAUGUGGUCAACAUGUUUUUUCAAUGAUGGUACUAAAAAGCGAGCUCCUUUCUUACCAUUUUUGCUACGCAAUGAAACUGGUUGUAAGCUUUUUUUUUGUAUUGCAAAACGUUCACCAUCUAAAGAAAGAAAAUUUACAAGAAAUGAUCAAUCUUGCGAGCUGAAUGAAAAUGUGUUUGAAGUUGAUAUCAAUAAAGAGGUUGCUUUUUCUUUUGAGAAAAGAACAAAGCUACGUCACCAGAAUGCGCAAACAGUAACUGUUAAUCAAAUUAAAGUUCAGAUUGCUGGUAUGGCACCAUUAGAACCAAUUACUGUUGAUAGAGUUGGCAUGUUUUUUAGAAAAGAUUUGACACAUGACAACAAUCAGGGCAUUGUUAAUGGAGUCUAUGUGAUUUUUGAUAUACAGCUAGUAAAUUCACAAAAAGUGAUAAUUGUCAAAUCAGCUCUCACAAUUCACAAUAAACUUUUUGUACCUGUUGAUGUAAUAAUAGUUUUGAAUCACAAGCAAUAUAACCUCACAACUCUUGAUGCUGGAGUUUGUUAUUCUGUUCCCUUGCCAAUGGUAACUGGAGACAUAUAUUGUAGACCACUAGAAUCAAACUAUGAAUACCAGUACUGCUAUGAGAGCUUAGCAUGGAGAUCUGUUUUCACUAGUGAUGAAAAAAGUUCUUUAUACGAAUGUCUAACUGUAACUGAACUUCCAAAAAUUUUUAGGUUUUGUGCAUUAAUUUCAUGCUUUCGCUUGCCUAAUUCUUCUAAUGAAUUUCAUGAACAACCUCAACACCAGAUCACUUUGGUUUAUCAUAUUUUGUUGCAAAAUUGUCUACCAUUUGAUCUUUUUUAUUUGCUUCGAGGUACAGCAAAAAAAGAACUAAUUAAACCUGGAGAAACUGUUCCCUUUCAGAUAAAUGAUAGGAGCUCCUCAAUUGAUAUUGAAUUUACAUUUGAAAACUUUCAAACAUCUGAUUCAAUUAAAAUACCAAUUGAUGGUGUAACUUUUAUUCAAUAUGCUCGUGUUUAUGAUUCUUCAAUGCGGUUACUUAUGCUUAAUGUUUUAGUUUCAUGUAAAUGUGACACAGUUAAGAUAUCUGUAAUAGCUCCCUACUGCUUGAUCAACAAAACUGGUAUUCCACUUUUGUUUAAAAGAGAAGAGGAUCAGGAUGAAGUUGCUGGUCAAUUUGAAGAACAUGAAGAGGCUCGUAGUUUAACCCCGCUUCUGUUUUCUUAUUUCCAAAGGGAUCAGCCAAAUAAUUGCCAAAUGAGAGUUGGUAAAAAGUAUCAAUCAGACUUGUGUACACAACCAUUGUGGUGUAAACCUUUUUCCUUAGAAAAAGAUUACGACCAUCGUACUUUAUAUGUUCGCUGUGGUAGAGAUAAACCAGAAAAAACAUUUGAUGUUAGUAUAAAUGUGGUUUGGGGGGAAAGCGUUUUUGCAAAAACUCGUAUUGUCUCUUUUGUGCCUCGUUUUCAAAUUGAUAACCAAACAGAAUGGGUUAUUAUAGUGGCACAGAAAUAUUUAACAUUAAAUGACAGUAAUGAAAUUCAUCCAGAUAUGAUUCAAUGUUAUCCAGGAGCAGUGAGCAUUUUUCAUUGGCCUCGUUCUGACCUUGAUCAAAUAGUUUGCUUGCGCAUUGAGAAUGAAGAUGUUUGUGCCUGGUCUGGAGGGUUUGGAAUGACAACUGAGACAUCUUAUCACUUGAAUUUGUUUUUCCCCAAAAAACAGUAUAGCUACACAAUACAUGCUGAUAUUGCUUUACAGUCAGGAACAUAUCGGUGUAUAUUAUCUAAUGGUGCUCGCUUUCCAUCUCCUUAUAUUAUUGUUAAUAAAACUGAUGUCACUUUGAUGUAUUGGCAGGCUCACCUCAGCAACAUUAACUUGCAUUCUUUUAUUAAAGCGCAUGACUCAAAACCAUAUGUUUUACAUGACCCACUUAUGCCACCUCUUUUAACUCUCAGCGUUUAUCAAGAAACAUCAGAAACUUACAAUUUGAGACAAUCAGGAAGAAAUUUAAACAAGUUAUAUUACCAAAAUGCUAUAUUCAUUGCUUUCUCUCAUACCUUUAAUGGUUGCACCAUUCAUAAACAUGGAGGAAACAAACAAAAUUUGGUUUUAGAUGUCAUUGAUGGCAAAUUUGUAGUUCUUGCUGAAAAAGUUGAACACAAGCGAUCACAGUUGUGGAGAAUGUCAGCUGAAGGAAGAUUGAUUCAUUUCGUUUCAUCCCCAAAAGAUAAGACAAAGUUUACAACAAAUUGCUUAGUAUUAGAUGUUGAAGAAGUUGUCCAUGAAGGAUUGAAGCUUCUGCGACUUGUUCUUAAUCCAAGUAAUGAACAUAGAAACAACACACAAACUUGGUUUUUUGAAUCAAAUAUGUUGGUGUGUUGCUUGCAGGGCAUUGCUGUUCAACCUUAUGGUUGCCUUGCUAAUAAAUCUAUUGCAAUAUUAGGGCCAAAACCACGUGGUGAUCAUGAAGAACAUUUAUCUAAAUGUUGUAUAACAAGACAGAAAUUACGACCUGGAUCUGGUAUACUGUCAGUAACUGUGCAUACUUAUGGCCCUACCCAAGUUAUUGAAAUCAUUGAUUCUGAGCAAGAAGCUGGUGAUGAUACCUGGCAAAUUGUAGAAAAGACUCAUUCCAAUUUUUAUCGUGUAAAUAGGCAGCCAUCUACAGAGAUUAUUAUGUCAUUAGUUGGAGGUUUCGGAAUAUCAGUGAUUAAUUUUGGCCCUGAAGAACUUCUUUUUAUAUCACUUUCACAAAUAGAGUUUUUGUAUGAUUUCUCUUCUUUUAUUCAAACUCUGGAUAUUAAAAUUGGAAUAUUACAAAUUGACAACCAACUAUUUGGUGGACAGUUUCCAGUUGCAGUGUUUGCUUCUCCUACUAAAUCUAAACAAAACUCAAUUAAAGAAAGUGAUUUAAAAGUAUUUAUUCGUGUAGAAACUGUUGCUGAGUAUGACCUAACUAUUGUUAAGGAGUUAAACAUAGAUAUUUGCAAGCUUGAUUUCCAAUUUGAUGACAGAUUGAUACUAAAGGUAAUUCAAGCUUACCAAUCCCUUUCUGCAACUGAUGAUAAGAAGAGCUCCUCUAUAGUGAAUGCAGAAAAAUGCUGCAUGGAAAAGCCAACAACUAAUUUUGCACAAAAGAUUUUCUUUGAAAGUAUAACAAUUAAUCAAGGAGAUCUUUCUAUGAGUUUAUUUGUUACAGGAAAAAUUGAUGAUGAUUUGGUUAAAUUAAAAAAAUAUAUAGGGGUGUACAGGAUUGGAAAUUUAGAGUUCUGGCUGGAACCAGGUUACCCUUUUGUAAGUUUUGAAGAUGCUGUCAUUACAUUCAAUACAUUUAAAAAAGUGAAUAUAUUUGAAACUAAAUCCGGUUUUAUCCAAUCACUUGCAUCAUUUUACAAAGACACUUUGGUUAAUCAAGCCGCUGUUUUGUUAGGAUCACUUGAUAUUCUGGGAAAUCCGUUAGGUUUAAUUCAAGAUUUUUCGUCUGGUAUGGAAGGUUUUCUCAAGAAAGGCAACGUUGGAGGUUUGUUUGUGAAUGUUGCCCAUGGGUUCUCUGACAGUGCUGCUAAAAUGACAGGUGUACUUGCUGAUGGUUUGUGGUCAGCAUCUAUGGAUGAUAAGUUUCAAGAAUCUCGUGAUUCUUUGCGAGUGGCACGAUCAAGCAGCAGUUCAACACAUUUUUCCGCUGGGUUAAAAGGAUUAGGAAUGGGUGUUAUAGGCGGAUUGACAAGCAUGGUUACCCAACCUAUUGAGGGUGCUUCAAAAAAAGGAGUAUCUGGGUUCUUUGCAGGAUUGGGAAAAGGUUUAGUUGGAACUGUUGCUAAGCCAAUUGCUGGUGUCUUAGACCUUGCUUCUGGGACUGCAGCCGCUGUGCGAAUGACAACCAAAGCUGUUAAGCCUUCUCCUCCCGCAAGACGUCUAAAAAGAAAUUGUUAUGGUCCAGGUGGUGUACUAGGAAAGUUUUCAAGGAACGCCUCAGAGGGACAAGAGGUUCUUUUAAAAUUUAACGAUGGCGAUACCACAGAAAUGUACUUUGCAAUGGAACCAGUCAGACCUAGCUCAGAUAAGUUCAAAGCGCUUCUUACUAACAAAGGAAUUUAUUUUGUGAAAUCAGGUCCAGCAUGUCCAGAAAACAUCGUUUUACAUGUUGAGUAUUCGUGUUGUCGUGACUGCAACUAUUAUUACGAAGGUCGCCAACACUAUAUCGAAAUUUUUCUGAUCCGUCAUAACGCUGUGUUACGAGACCCAUCACACGAAGAUAGAAUAGUAAUUCUAUGUGAAGGAGAAAAGAUUGCUCUAAAGAUCGGACAAAAAAUCAGUUAUUUAAAAAGCAUUUAUAAUGAGUCGUUAACAGCGAUUAGAAAGCGUGACGAAUCGCUGUUUUCAGAUUAUUUUUGAAAACUUUUAUGAAAGACUAGUAGAUUUUUAAAAGAUACAUUUUAGAGAACAAGACAAUUUUUUAGUCAUACUUCAAAAUUUAAACAUGUGUUUUGGCAUGAAUCAUCUUUGCAUAUGGUGCAUAUAAUUCUUUUUAGAAAUAUUUUUUCUUCCGAAAAUUACAAAAGUGUAAAGUAGAAUAUUUAUUUUUAUGAAAACACUUUCAUUAACGACUUAGCCUAUAAAGUUUGUAAUUACUCAUUUAAAAAUGAAAUAAGAUAAUUUUUUAAAAAAUUUUAGACGGUAUUUUUAUAAAUAAAGGUUAACAAAUUUUUUAUGACGAUUGUUAUGAUCACUAUUACUUUCACUUAAUAUAACGUGUUAUACCUCCUUUUGUAACGCUUCAAGUCUAUUUACAGCAUUUUUAUUAAGGUGGUAAACCCCAUUGUAUAUAACCAUUUAUUGCUUUAAAGUUAUUUUCUAAAGAAAAUGCUGUUAGUACUUUUUAAAAA